CAAAGUGAGCUGAACUCGUUCCUGUGGACCAUCAAGAGAGAUCCUCCAUCUUACUUUUUUGGCACCAUUCAUGUCCCGUACACACGUGUCUGGGAUUUCAUCCCAGAGAACUCCAAAAAGGCCUUCCAACAAAGCCACAUUGUGUACUUUGAGCUGGACCUCACUGACCCCUACACCAUCUCAGCUCUCACCAGCUGCCAGCUCCUGCCACAGGGGGAGAACCUCCAGGAUGUGCUGCCCCACGACAUCUACUGCCGGCUCAAGCGGCACCUGGAGUACGUCAAGCUCAUGAUGCCAUCCUGGAUGACACCAGACCAGCGGGGCAAAGGGCUGUACGCAGACUACCUCUUCAAUGCCAUUGCUGGCAACUGGGAGCGGAAGAGGCCGGUGUGGGUGAUGCUGAUGGUGAACUCUCUGACAGAAGCAGACAUCAAGUCACGAGGUGUGCCUGUCCUGGAUCUGUACCUGGCCCAAGAAGCAGAGCGUCUGAGGAAACAAACGGGUGCUGUGGAGAAAGUGGAGGAGCAGUGCCACCCGCUUAACGGGCUGAACUUCUCCCAGGUGAGUUGGAGUGGUGUGCAGGGUGCCAGGCUGGCUGUUUGGGUGGAUAUCCCAGCAGCAAGAGCAUGGGCUGGG